GACAGGCUAGUCAACCCGCCCACACGUCUCCCGGUCCCCCCGCCUCUGCCCCGGCGCGCGCAAGGAUGCCCACGCCUCGCCACGGCCGCGCGCUGCUCGCCGCGCUCCUCGCGUCCGCGCUCGCCGCGGCCAGCGCGCAGCCGGCGUCGCCUGGCGUCGACGAUGACUACAUGUCCGGCCAGGUGCACGUCAGCAAGGCCAUGAUCGCGCUCCUCGCCGCCGUCGUCGCGGUGUUCGUCUUCAUCGCCUUCUUCACCGUCUACCUCCGCCACUGCACCGGCGGCUACGCGGCCAGGUCCGACGACGACCGCGCCGCCGUCCCCAAUUUCGACGCCUUCAUCUCGCGGUCGCGGAGGCAGCGGCGCCCGCGCGGGCUCGACGCCGAGGUGGUCGAGGCGUUCCCCACCAUGAGGUACGCCGAGGCCAAGGCGCUCCGGAUCGGGAAGGGCGGCGCGCUCGAGUGCGCGGUGUGCCUCAGCGAGUUCGAGGAUGAGGAGCGGCUCAGGCUGUUGCCCAAGUGCAGCCACGCCUUCCACCCGGACUGCAUCGGCGAGUGGCUCGCCAGCCACGUGACCUGCCCCGUCUGCCGCUGCAACCUCGACCCAAACAAGGACACGAGUAGCGAUGAGGAGCCGAGCUUCGGAUCGAUUCCGGUAGCGAGCAGCAUCUCCAGCGAAACAGUGGUUGCACGGCAAGGUGAUGGUCCGCUACCGGUGGCCGUGGUGAUCGACGUGGUAACCGAGGAGGAGGAAGAGGAGCGGAGGCAGGAGGCGCUGGAGCUGCAGCAGAUAGGGUCCCAGCGGAGAGCCAUGCGGCCGCGGUCGGGGCGCCGGCCGGCGACGGCGCAGCUUGCCCGGUCGCACUCCACCGGCCACUCCCUCGCCGUCCGGCUCGACCGCGACCUGGAGCGGUUCACGCUGCGGCUGCCGGAGCACGUGCGCAGGGAGAUGGCCGCCGCGAGCGAGCACAGCUUGCAAUCGCGUCGCGGGCGAAGAGCCGGGGAAGGAAGCAGCCGCGACGGCCGCAGCGCCCCGCUCUGCCAGCCGAGCAGAUGGCAGUCGAUUCUCGCGAGGACGUUCUCUGGGAAGCUUUCCUUCUUUUCGUUUUCGGCGUCGAGGAUGACGUUUAGCUCCGACAGGGGAGAAGUGUCUUCCUCGUCGUUCACGAGGCUCAGAGAGAAGCGCGUGGCCGCCGUUGAUGCCGCCGAUGUUCCUACUAAGGGGAGCGUUCUCCUGGACUGCAUUGGAGGCAGCGCAUCCUGUGCAAAAGCUGGUGCUGCGUCCCGCGAGGUGGCGGUGGACGAGGAGAAGGCAGUUACGCAGCGGCUUCCGACGUAGAACGGGAACAGCAGGUUUGAACGUAGAAACCUGAAAAGUGAUCUUGUUUCACACGCGAAAGAAAUGGAUCUUUCGGUCUGUGGGCAACAGGGUGCUGAUUUCCUGCUGUAAUCAACGUGGUAGUGCUCGAAAUUCCGUUGAAAAAAUUGAGAUGUACAAAUUGUAGUUGUAAUUUUGUACAGGAGCAGAACCAUAAGCUACAAGCAGUAGAGAUGUCUGAACAAAUGUCUGAAUUUCUUCUCUGAUUAUGCAUCGUCUAGAUUCUGAAGUUGCGUACUUGUGUUUUACUUUGUACCCCCGGAAUCUGUUUCGUUGCUAUGCAUUUUAGCAGACUUCAUCAUGCGUUUUCUUCAGAA